AUGUGCAAUGCCACCCAGCUCGAGCUCAUCGUCUUGUCCAACAACGGCUUAACAAAUAGCUUGCCUCGAUGCAUAACAAAUUUUAGCACCAACCUGUCAAUUUUGGAUAUGCAAAUGAAUCACCUUGAUGGCACAAUUCCUCAAUCAUUUUCUUUCGAAAAUAACUUGACGACUAUUAACUUGAGCGAAAAUUGGUUUGAAGGCACGUUGCCCAGAUCCCUUGUCAAUUGUACAAAUCUGGAAAUUCUAGAUCUCCGUAGCAAUCAGAUAGAGGAUACAUUCCCGAGAUGGUUGGGAAAACUUCCAGAAUUGAAAGUUCUCACUUUGCAGUCUAACAAUUUUAAGGGUCUUUUAAACAUUUCAAAGGGAGAUCUCAUCUUUCCUAAAUUACGCAUUUUGGAUCUCUCCAACAACAACUUUGGUGGUCCAUUACCAACCGACUUGAUAGUGAACCUUAAAGGCAUGAAGAGUACAAUAGUUGGGCAAGGCGAACCAUUGUAUAUGCCCGCACAUGUGGGAUAUGAAAAUACCGUGACCGUGAUGUUCAAAGGGAAAGAGACAAAACUAGUGAAGAUCUUGACCAUUUUCACAACCAUUGACUUGUCACACAACUCUUUCCAAGGAAAGAUUCCUAAAGCUUUUGGCCAUCUUCACUCUCUCAUAGGGCUCAACCUUUCGCAUAACCACCUUAUUGGUUCCAUCCCUUUGACUUUAGGAAACUUGACCGAUCUUGAAUGGCUUGAUUUAUCUUCGAACAUGCUUAGUGGGGGGAUUCCUAGAGUACUAGGAGAUUUGGCAUUUCUAGGUUACUUAAACUUCUCAAAAAACCAACUCACCGGGCGAAUUCCUCAAGACAAGCAUUUGAGCACAUUUUCAAGCGAAUUUUUUAGUGGGAAUCCAGGCUUAUGUGGAACUCCAUUGCCAAAAGCAUGCCAUGGCGAGACUCAACCUCCUCUACCGUCGUCCUUGUCAACUCUUGAUGGCGAAGGACAUGAGAGUUGGUUCAAACGGAAAGUAGUGUGGAUGGGUUAUGCAUCUGGAAUUGUCGUUGGGAUUUCUGCAGCAUACAUUGCAAUUGAAAUGGGAUGGCCCAAGUGGCUUGCACGAGGCGUGAGAAUGUUGGAGAGAAGUGCAACUCAGUGGAUGGAGAAGCCAAAGCAGAGGACCAUCAAGUUUCAUGGACAGUGA